AAUUGAAGCCCAGUAUUUUAUUGAAGAACAGCUGACAGCUGAAAAUCGUUGCAACUUCCAGCAACCUCUAAAAGCUUGAAAUUCCUAUUUUCAUCAUAUACAUGGCUGCUGUUAGGGAAUACAUAUUUUUCUCCAGGGAUCGGUGUGAUCGGUGUUUGCCAACCAUUCUCCUAGGCCAGUGUGAGUGCGGCUUUAACCAGACAGACUGACACAAAAGAGGACAGAGACAACAAUCCCGAUCUGUCGCUUACCUGGAGUCAAGUGGGUAAGAGACAAAACACAACUUUACUUUAAAGUUGUGUUUUAUUUUAAUUUUAGUCAACAAGCUUAAUUUAGGGCUUUAUUUGUGGAUUUAAUUGCCACUUUUUCCAUUAACUAUGUCCGAUUAUAGUGUGUCCGUCAAUCCCAGUGUCAUGAUUUGCUCUCUUGAAGGCCUCAGGGGAAUUCCUUCACAUCUGGGACAAAGUUCACUCAGACUGAAAAAUGAGCUGGUGAGAUUUUUAUGGUCAAAGGUCAAGGUCAUUGAAACUUCACUUCUUUCCACUGGUCCACUGGCCAGAAAUGAUGACUGUUUCUGGUGGAAGUAGUUUGGACAACCAUGUUUCUGCACACUCCUCGAAUUUGGACAUUUCACAGUGCACAAGCUUAUCCAUUGCAUUGCAUAACUAAAAACUGAUUGAAAUGGUUGAAUUUUGUGAUUAGUCGAACAACACACGUCUGUGCAGCAGCGCCUUCGGUCGUCUCUGUCUGUUCGGUUGCAGUGUGGGAUGAAUAAUUGAUCAGCUGGCUGCUUCCAGGCUGUUGUGCUAUCACAGAGACGGUGGGUGGGAGCCGCUGUCCGCCGAUGUCCGCCGCUGCUGCUGCUGGAAUAUGAUGGGAACAGGAAGUGAACGUCACUGACACAGGAAUGGGACUGAAAAAAGGAAAACACCACCAGGAUGAGGAGAAUGUCAAGCUCCUCGGCGUAGGAAACUAAACCCCGGCUUCAGCUCAGGAAAAGGAUGAACUGCUGCGUCCGAGCUGGAUUUGAGGCAUCAGGAAGGGUCCCGGCGCGUUGCUAAAUGGAGUCGGAGCAGCUGUACCACAGAGGUUACUGCAGGAACAGCUACAACAGCAUCGCCAGCGCCAGCAGCGACGAGGAGCUGCUGGAUGGAGCCGGCGUCAUCAUGGACUUCCACACCACCGAGGACGACAACCUGCUGGAUGGGGACGCUGCCUCCCCAGGAUCUAACUACGCCAUGUCGAACGGGGGCGGGGCUCCCAGCAGCUCCACCCACCUGCUGGACUUCCUAGAGGAGCCCAUCCCUGGUGUUGGGACCUACGAUGACUUUCACACCAUCGACUGGGUCCGUGAGAAGUGCAAGGACCGCGAGAGACACCGGAAGAUCAAUAGUAAGAAAAAGGAGUCUGCAUGGGAGUUCACCAAGAGCCUGUACGACGCUUGGUCCGGCUGGCUGGUGGUGACGCUCACUGGCUUGGCAUCAGGUGCUUUGGCUGGCCUGAUUGACAUUGCUGCUGAUUGGAUGAACGACCUGAAGGAGGGCGUGUGUCUGAGCGCCUUGUGGUUCAACCACGAGCAGUGCUGCUGGACGUCCAAUGAGACCACCUUCGCUGAGAGGGACAAGUGUCCUCAGUGGAAGAGCUGGGCUGAGCUAAUACUGGGGCAGGCUGAGGGCCCCGGCUCGUACAUCAUGAACUAUUUCAUGUACAUCUACUGGGCUCUGUCCUUCGCCUUCCUGGCAGUUUGUCUGGUUAAGGUGUUUGCGCCGUACGCCUGCGGCUCAGGGAUCCCAGAGAUCAAGACCAUCCUGAGUGGGUUCAUCAUCCGGGGAUAUCUGGGCAAGUGGACCUUGAUGAUCAAAACCAUCACUCUGGUGUUGGCUGUGGCGUCGGGCCUGAGCCUGGGGAAAGAGGGCCCCCUGGUCCAUGUGGCCUGCUGCUGUGGGAACAUCUUCUCCUACCUCUUCCCCAAGUACAGCAAGAACGAGGCCAAGAAACGAGAGGUUCUCUCUGCCGCGUCAGCUGCCGGGGUGUCUGUUGCUUUUGGAGCACCAAUCGGGGGAGUCCUCUUCAGCUUAGAGGAGGUGAGCUACUAUUUCCCUCUAAAGACGUUGUGGCGCUCAUUCUUUGCGGCCCUGGUGGCGGCCUUCGUGCUUCGCUCCAUUAACCCGUUUGGGAACAGCCGCCUGGUGCUGUUCUACGUGGAGUACCACACGCCAUGGUACCUGUUUGAGCUCCUCCCGUUCAUCCUGCUGGGAGUGUUCGGGGGCCUCUGGGGCGCCUUCUUCAUCAAAGCCAACAUCGCCUGGUGCCGGCGGCGCAAGUCGACACGUUUCGGCAGGUACCCGGUGUUGGAGGUGAUCCUGGUGGCGGCCAUCACUGCGGUGGUUGCUUUCCCAAACCCUUACACGCGUAAGAACACCAGCGAGCUGAUAAAGGAGCUGUUCACCGACUGCGGUCCGCUGGAGUCUUCGCAGCUCUGUCAGUACCGCAGCCAGAUGAACGGCACCAAAGCCUUCUCUGAUGACCAGCCGGCGGGGCCCGGCGUCUACUCGGCCAUGUGGCAGCUGUGCCUGGCGCUCAUCUUUAAAAUCAUCAUGACUAUAUUCACAUUUGGACUCAAGGUACCGUCGGGUUUGUUCAUCCCCAGCAUGGCCAUCGGGGCGAUCGCGGGGCGGAUUGUUGGCAUUGCCAUGGAGCAGCUUGCAUAUUAUCACCACGACUGGUUCCUGUUCAAAGAGUGGUGCGAAGUCGGAGCUGACUGCAUCACUCCAGGGCUCUACGCUAUGGUGGGAGCUGCAGCGUGCCUGGGUGGAGUGACUCGUAUGACUGUCUCCCUCGUCAUCAUCGUGUUCGAGCUGACCGGCGGGCUGGAGUACAUCGUCCCCCUCAUGGCCGCCGUGAUGACCAGCAAAUGGGUGGGCGAUGCAUUCGGUCGAGAGGGAAUCUACGAGGCCCACAUCCGACUGAACGGAUACCCCUUCCUGGAUUCAAAGGAGGAGUUCACGCACACCACGCUGGCCCGGGAGGUGAUGAGGCCCCGACGCAACGACCCGCCGUUGGCAGUGCUCACGCAGGACGACCUGACUGUGGAGGAGCUGCAGGGCAUUAUCAAUGAAACCAGUUAUAAUGGUUUCCCUGUGAUCGUGUCUAAGGAGUCCCAGAGGCUAGUGGGCUUCGCUCUGCGCAGAGACAUCACAAUCGCUAUAGAGAACGCACGCCGCAAACAGGAGGGCAUCGUGCUGAACUCAAGGGUGUACUUCACCCAGCAUGCACCCACGCUGCCUGCCGACAGCCCUCGACCCCUCAAGCUUCGCUCCAUCCUGGACAUGAGCCCCUUCACCGUCACUGACCACACCCCCAUGGAGAUCGUGGUGGACAUUUUCAGGAAGCUGGGUCUGCGCCAGUGCCUGGUUACUCACAACGGGAUUGUGUUGGGCAUCAUCACUAAGAAGAAUAUAUUAGAGCAUCUGGAGGAGCUCAAGCAGCACACGCCGCCCCUGGCGGCUUCUUGGUAUUAUCACAAAAAAAGAUAUCCUUCGUCACAUGGCUCAAAUGGCAAAUCAGGAUCCAGAGUCCAUCAUGUUCAACUGAUCCGCUCUUUCCAGGACGGCUGGGGUGGAGGGGGCAACGAGGAGGAGGAGGAGGAGGAGGAAGAGGUGUGCCUCCUGAACGGCUCCAGUCUCUGACACGCGGACCCCGUUUUUGUUUGUUCGUUUUUAGUUUUCAGCUGUAGACCCUGAACCUCACUGACUGACUGACUGAGGCCUCCAGAGACUUUCAGGCCACCCGAGGAGAAGACGAUGACACGAGACUUUGUUCUCAUCGUCCGGCUGCCGAGGACACGAUGAGGUCACGGGUCGAAGGCACGCACACACACAAGGAAUGCACUUUUUACACACACACUUUUGCACUCGCAGACACCUCACUCAUGCAUGCUGUACACACACACACACACACACACACACACACACACACACACACACACACACACAAAAGACUCCCUAAACCUGUACAGCUACGCCCGUUUGCACUCUACACGUGCCUCACCCCCUUGUACUGUCUCCCUCCUCUGUGGUGGAUGCCGCCUGGCUGGGGUCAAAGGUCAGGAUGAACCGCUGAUGAGGGACGCGAUGAGGGACCUUGAAGCCUCCAGGCUCUCGUUUAAAUAAAGUUUAAAACAAAAAGCAACAUAAAAACAACUCACUUCCCUCACCCCUGCGCACACCUGAGCUGUCCGUCCUGCAGAAGAUUACCUUGUUUACCUGUGAAGUGUGUGUGUGUCUGUGUGUGUGUGUGUGUGUGUGUGUGUGUGUGUGUGUCUGUGUGUGUGUGUGUGUGUGUGUGUGUGUGCGUGUCGUUAGCACCACUACAUUCCAGCCAGGUUAUCAUCGGAAGUGAGGGGAUGAUCUUACGCUCCUCACCCCGAAAACACGGCAGCCUCUUGUGAUCGCAUCAUGGCACGCUGCUGCUUCCCUGGGUCAUGUGAAAAUGAGACGUGUGUGUGUGUGUGUGUGUGUGUGUGUGUGAGAGAGUGCGAGGAAGAGAGGACGGUACUGUAUUUCAAGAACAAACGUGUUCCCAGUGAGGAGGGAAGAAGUGAAGAUCUCUGUGCGUCCAUUUCUGAGCCAGUUUGUGCUGUGUGUGUGUCUGUGUGUGUGUGUGAGACAGAGAGUGUCUGUGUGUGUGUGAGACAGAGCGAGAGAAAAGGAAGGGAAAAAGGUUGAGUUUUGUGGAAUCGCAGUUUGUUUCUCCCCAUGUGACCUUUAGAUUAUUGCUCUCCAAUCAUUUCCAAAGUCUGCUUUAAGUGAUCAGUAACUUCAUCAGUAACAUGACUCGCGUACCUUCAGCCCGCCUUUUAUAAUUAUAGAAUAUGUAAAAGUUGAUCGUCUGAGCCCCCACAGGUGGCGUUCAACACUCCAAACUCAUUUACACAACAAAGACUGACAGAAAGAGAGAUCAACUGAUCAGCACUCCGUGAUCGAUGCUUUGAUCCACAGAUUCUCAGUGUUUUUAAUAAACGUGCUUCGUCCCAACAUUCAGAGGCUGUGAAGCUGUAAAUUGUCACGUUUUAGAAGAUGAAGCCAGCAGACGGUAAUUAAAAACCAUUCAACUUUAUCUGCACUACAGUUGUUGGAGUUUGAGAGAUUUUUAUAUAGAGUUUGUACUCUGAUCCAAAGCUGCCGCCACCUUAAAUCCACGCGUGUUUGUUGGGUCUAACAUGUCACUAACGCCUCGGAUGAAGCUUGCUUUUUGCCCUGCAUUGUUUUCAAGGUUGUAGAGGAUAAUACUGCAGAACAUCUGGCUGCAACUGUCUGUCGCUUUCAAUCACACCAGGUUUCUUUUUCUCCCCACGUCUGCCAAGUGCCUGGCACAAGUUUUUUUUGUUUUGUUUUUUCUUUAGGCUUUUCACACCCCGAUCUCUCUGCUCCCUCUUUUUUUUAAUCAAACGUCAUCACUCGAUGAAGGGAAAUGAAGUGAGGUGUGUGUGUUCCUGUGUCCGUCUUUGCAUUGCAGUGACUGUCCUGCUGUGGUGUGACAGGAUCGUCUUUGUUACCUGUGGUGUUGCCUAACGUUGUGUUUCAUACUGAUCUUGAUGUUUUUCUUUUUUUUGUUUCUCUUUUUUUUUAUUUAUGGGUAGUCUGGAUAGAGUUGUGCAUUACUAUAAUAAAUUUCAUGUAUGAUUGCAACAAUUGUUUGAUUGUAUAUUAAAAAUAAAACCUGUAAAGAUUAAAAUUUGUUUUAAAUUAAAAAAAAAAAGAUUCAAGUUGCACA